AUGGUCCGCGAUGACAAGACCUAUCCUUCCAAAAACGAAGCGGGUUUCGCCGCAUGGCUCGCCAAACCAGAUAUGCAAGGUGGUCUUGUAAUUGCGCUGUUGCAACCAGCUAAGACACAGGUCUACACUCCAGACUUUCAGUGGGUCAAGGACGAAUGUCCUACGCUGGCUUAUCUGGAGGAGUCGCUGGCCUUUGUGAACGGCCCGGGAGGUCUCGCAGCCACGAGCGUAUUCGAUGCUUUUCCAUUCAUCACCGAGCCAAUAUCUUCGGGAGGAUUGUCAAAAGAAGCGACGGAUGCCUACAACACAUUCCUUGCCAUGCUAGAGGCCAAAAAGCCAGAGGUCGUUUUUGCCUGUUGGCGAGUUAAAGAUCAGGACCUCUUCUUCUCUGGAAAAGGGCUUGGUCGGGCCAAUCAAGUUGAGAGGUUGAGACUCUCCAAUGGCCAUGUCGUCCGCGUCCUUGGCAAGAAGAUGAAUGGAUGCGCAUCCUUAGAUGCAGGUGCCGAGAACGAACCCGCCGAUUAA